AUGACAGAACGUACUGUUCAUUGUACAUUUCAUAAUGUUUCAUCUGAUCUUAUUGAUAUAAUAUCAUCAUCAAUUGGUAUUCGUACAUUAUCAAAACAAAAGAAUAAUCAAUUAUCUUAUUCAUGUUCACUUUUAAAUGCUCGACAAAGACGUUCUACACUUGCAGAUUGUCUUGGUCAAUAUCCACAAAUUUGGUUUUCAAUAGAUUAUUCAAAUCAAUUGAAUAAUUUUUCUUCAAAAUUUGAUAAAAAUUUUUAUAUGAUUGAUCAUAUUUUUUUUGGUUCUUUAUAUUCAAUUGAAAAAUUUCUUGUUCAUAAUACACCACUUAAUGAAAGACAUGAUUGGAAAAUAAAAAUUUAUAAUAAACAAAUAUUAAUAAUUGAAUCUGAAGAAGAAAAUUCUUCAAUUCGUUUAUCAAUACCAUUAAAAUAUUUACAUAAAGAAAUUCUUGUUAUUGAUGGUGAAGAUUUUUCUGAAAUUAUUUUUAGUUAUAAUUUAAUAACAAUCGAUAUACGAACAAAUAAUAAUAAAAAAAUUGACAAAAUUUAUGGUAAUAAUUCAAUCGUUAAAUCAUUAAAUCAAUGUACAGAUUUUUUAAUAUGUUUAUCACCAAAAACAAAUGCUGAUUUAUUUCUUGAUUGUCUUCAAUUAAAUUAUAAUUAUAAAAUUUUUUAUACAACAAUUGUAAUACAAAAUAGUAUUUAUCAAUGGUCAAUAAAUGAUUUAAAUUGGUAUCAAACAGAUAAUACACGUUAUGCUAUAUCAAUGUUACAUUCAUUAGGUUAUGUUUUUGAUGAUAAAUAUUUACAUAAUAAUAUACUUCAAAAUCAUAUGAUUGAAUUAGCUGAACAAAAUGAAAAUUAUUUUUAUCAAUUAUCAUUAAAAAUUUUUUAUGAACUUAAAAAAUGUCAUUGGUUAAAUUUAAUAGAAAUUUUUAAUAAAAAUCAUAUUAAAAUAGUUAAUGAAAAUAAUAUUCUUUAUAUAUCUGUUAUUCAUAUAACACCAACACGUUUUUUAAUAAUGCCAAAAGAAAAAACUAAAGGUCAUCGUGCAAUACAUUAUUCAUUAUUUCAAGGUAUUAAUGAUUUUUGUCUUGUUUAUUUAAAACCUGAUCCACCAAAUAUAUAUUUUAAUGAUGAUAAUAAUAAUCAUAUGAUAGAAUAUUAUAAACAAAUAUUUCAGUUAGGUAUUAAUCUUGCUGGAAAUCAUUAUCAUUUAUUUGGAGCAUCAAAUUCACAAUUAAAAGAUCAUUCAUUUUGGUUUAUAAAAGCAUUAACAUUAAAUGAAAUUCAUCAAAAACGACAAUUAUUAGGUCAAUUUGAUAAAAUUCGAAAUUUAGGUACAUAUGUUGCUCGAUUAGGUUUAUGGUUUAGUAAAACUGAUCCAACAAAUAUUAGACUUAAUUAUUGUUCAAAUGAAAAUGAAUUUAAUUAUCAUGUUAAACAAGGUGAAAUAUGUAUUAUGAUGAUUGAAGAUAUUGAAA